CUUCUCUCUGCUUUGUUCAAUGUCCUCUUUGAUAGGCUUGAUUCUCAAGAGGUCACUGACUUCUUUCAAGGAAAGGAAGCCAUUCUCCAAAACUUGAAGACUGUGUUGCUCUCCGCUAAUGUUCUACUCAACGAUGCCGAGGAGAAACAACUUGGAGACAAGAAUGUGAAGAAGUGGCUUGAAGAUCUCAAAGAAGUAAUUUAUGAAGCAGACCAUGUGAUGGACAAGAUCAACACUGAAGCCCUGCGACUCAAGAUGGAGAAAGAUGAAUCUGAAAGCACAGCAAGUAAGUCCUUGAACUUUUUCAAAAGAAUUUAUAGUUCAUUUGAAAUAGCUGUGAAAUCUGAAAUAGAAGGGAUCACUAGUACAUUAAAGAAUCUCUUAGACCAAACAGAGCAUCUUGGUUUGAAAAAAGUUGAGCUGAAAACAACAUUACAUAGACCACCUGCACCUUUGUUAGAUGAUUCUAAGGUUUAUGGAAGGGAGAAUGAUAAAGAGGCUAUUGUUAAGCUAGUAUUGUGUGAUGAUGUUGGUGACCAUAGGAUUGUCCUAAUUCCUAUAAUAGGGAUGGGUGGCAUUGGCAAAACUACACUUACUCAAAGUGUAUAUGACGAUACCACUGUCCAACAACACUUUGACUUGAAAGUGUGGGUAACUAUCUCCGAAGAUUUUGAUGUUUUGAAAAUAACUAAACUUAUUUUUGAGGCAAUCACUGCAACAAGUUGCGAAGCAAAGGAGCUACAUCAACUUCAAAAUGAAUUGAAAAAUGCUUUGAUAGGGAAGAAGUUUCUUUUUGUUCUCGAUGAUGUAUGGAAUGAAAAUUAUUUGCUGUGGGACUCUUUGAAAAGCUCUUUUCAAUCUGGCGAUCAAGGAAGUAAGAUCAUUGUGACCACGCGUAACGAAGAUAUUGCUUUGAUGAUGAGGACGAUGCAUGUUCAGCCUUACGAGCUUAAAGAAAUAUCUUACGAAAAUUGUUGGAAGUUGUUUGCAGAACACGUCUUUGGUACUAGAGGCUCCAAUGAGGUACAUCAAGACUUGGAAGAAAUCGGAAAGCAAAUUGUAAAAAAGUGCAAGGGUCUUCCUUUGGCUGUAAAAUCGAUGGCUGGACUUUUACGAUCUAUGUCCACUAGUGAAGAAUGGAGACAUGUACUGCAAAGUGAUAUUUGGGAGUUGUCCAAUUGCCGCGACAUAGGAAGUGUUCCAGCUUUGUGGUUGAGCUAUCGAUUUCUGCCUCCUCAUUUGAAGCCAUGUUUUUCUUUUCUCUCGAUAUUUCCCAAAGAUUAUGAAUUUCGGAAAGAUGACAGAGAACAAAUAAUCUUAGUAUGGAUGGCAGAAGGUCUUUUACAACCUCAAAAAGGAAAAAGGAUUGAAGAUGUUGGAGAAGAGUACAUGAGUGCUUUAAUAUCAAGAUCAUUUUUCCAAAGAUCCGGACACUAUUCUCUCUCUAUGCACGAUCUUAUGCAUGAUCUAGCUAUGUAUGUAUCAGGUCAGUGUUGUUCUAUUUAUGAUAGUUGUAAUGACUUCCACAAGCUAAAUGGUAGCAAGACACGCCAUCUAUCAUACAUGAAAGACUUAAAAGAUACAGUAGAAUUUGACAACUUUUCUAGAGUGAAGUAUUUGCACACCUUGUUAGCUUUACCAUUGCGAGUUACAUUUCCAUUGCAGAAGACACAAUUAAAGCCUGAAAUUGUGCUGAAGGAUGGAGGAUGCCUAAGAUCACUUUCUUUGUCAGCAUCAUGUAUCACAGACUUGCCUGAUUCAAUUGGCAAUUUAAAACAUCUCAGGUAUUUGGAUGUGUCUAGCACGAAAGUUAAGGAAUUACCUCAUUCAAUUUGUGGAUUGUACAAUUUGGAAACACUCUUAUUGUCAAAUUGUGGAAAUCUCACACAAUUGCCUACCAACAUUUCCAAGUUAAUCAACCUGCGUCAUCUUAUGACAAGAUGGACUCCUUUAAAAGAGAUGCCACCGAAGAUUUGUAAUAUGAUAAAUCUUCAGAGGUUAAGUAAUUUUGUUCUGUGUAAAAAUGAUGGGUCCAGGAUCAAAGAGUUGGGCAAGUUGGACAAUCUGCGUGGAAGCUUGGAGAUUUCAGGCCUUGCGCAUGUUAGAGAAGUGAGUGAUGUUUUGGAAGGCAAUUUGAAGAACAAAAAGUAUCUCAAUGAACUCAUUCUUUCAUGGAACGGUGUGGCAGAUAGCUCAACAAAGGAAAGAGAAGUUCUUGAUGCACUCCAACCACAUGUAAAUUUAAAGAAACUCGAAAUCAGAGGUUAUAACGGUACAAGUUUGCCAGAUUGGGUAACAGAUCCAUCAUAUUGUAACUUGAAAAAAGUAGAUCUACACUGCAGAAAUCUUUGCUUGUCGUUGUUAUCAUUUCGGCGGCUAAGUUCACUGAUAGAUUUUCGUGUUUUUGGUGUUUCCUAUCUUGAUAUGCAUGAUGAAUUUCGUAGUAUUCCUUUGAAUAAGCCCUUUCCAUUCUUAGCAAGAUUACAGCUUCAUCAUACAGAUAUGUUGGAUUGGUCAUUUAUUAAUACAAGUGACCAAAGAUGUGAGAUUUUUCAAUGUUUAAAGCAAUUUGAUUUAGACAGCUGUGGCAAGCUGAGUGUGGCGUUACCUAUCUGUAAUUUUCCAUCUUUAGAAUAUAUCAAUAUUGCAUCUUGCAAUGAAUUGGUAACUAUAUUUCCAACAAGUACUCACAUUGACUCUGCAUAUCCUUCCCUCGAAAAGUUGAACACAAUGCAUUGCUCAAGGUUGGAAACCUUUUCAGAAAUGGGAUUGCCCUUUACUUUACAACAUCUACGCAUCUCAUCAUGUGAUAAGCUCAUGGAAAACCGCAUGAAAUGGAAUUUACAAAGACUCCCAUCAUUGAAUUCCUUAGAACUCUGGCAUUGUGGAGAAAUGGUGGAUUCAUUUCCAGAGGAAUGGCUGCUCCCACCAUCUUUAAGAAGUCUUAAGAUCUUUGAAUGUAAUAACCUCAAAGCUCUGAACAGCAAAGGCUUCCAACACCUCACCUCCCUUCAUCAGUUAGAACUUCUUUAUUUGAAAAAUCUAGAGUGCUUACCAGCAGCAAGACUGCCCAAGAGUGUUACUUAUUUGUCCAUAGAAGGAUGCAGUCUGCUAAUUCCCAGGUGCACGGAAGGAACAGGGGAAGAUUGGCCCAAAGUUCAACACAUUCCUAAAAUACUAACUGAAGAAACAGAAUUUAAUAAGAUAUACUUAGGCGGCAGAAAACCACAUCACAUAGGGACUGGUAUUGCCUUCAUUGGAAUCCUUCUCGACUUUGCUCUUCAGUCUUAUGAUGUCUUUUGCUCUUUGGUCUUUCAAUUGUGCUUUUGGCGAACAGCACCAACUCCCAUUGGGGAGUCUCUUUACCAAUUGGGAUUUUUCAAUAAGGCACAACAAACAUGGUAA